CUUGCGGUCACGUGUCUACAAACAAUUAAAACAGGAAGCGACACUGUAGCAUCAAGGAACCCACAAUAAAAUAGACAACAAUGAGAUUAUAUAGAUAGCUUCAGGCUUACUUCAGUUGUAAAGAAGCAUCCAAGCUCUCGGGAAAGAUACACUCUUUCGGUCAUUGAAGAGAAGAAGGGCCCUGCGGUGGAGGUUUUGUUAACAGGCUAACUUGAGUCGAAGUCGGACCAAGCCCCAAAAUGACUGCAUCUGUGUUCUUCGGGUGUACAUUCAUCGCUUUCGGCCCUGCCAUUGCACUGUUCUUGUUUACUAUUGCCAGGGACCCACUCCGAGUGAUCUUUCUUAUCGCUGGAGCGUUCUUCUGGUUGUGUUCUCUGCUGCUGUCUUCACUAGUGUGGUUCAUCACAGUUCAGAUCAGUAACAAAGAGAGUUCCUCCCAGCAGAAAGGACUGCUCAUAUUCGGGGUGGUUCUCUCCGUGCUGCUGCAGGAGACUUUCCGCUUUGGCUACUACAAGCUGCUAAAGAAGGCAAACGAAGGCUUGCUCAUGUUGAGUGCAGAGGAAACGAUGCCGAUCUCCAUACGGCAACUAGCCUAUGUGUCUGGACUGGGGUUCGGCUUCAUGAGUGGAGCGUUCUCAAUGGUCAAUAUCCUGGCCGAUUCUGUUGGCCCCGGCACCAUUGGUAUCCAUGGAGACUCCCAACACUACUUCCUGUCCUCAGCCUUCAUGACCAUGGCCAUCAUCCUGCUCCACAUGUUCUGGGGGGUUGUGUUCUUUGAUUCCUGUGAGAAACAACACUGGUGGUCUCUGGCUGUGGUCGUCAUCAGCCACCUCCUCGUCUCCUGUCUGACAUUCCAGAACCCUCAGUACGUGGGCAGCCUGGUUCCCACCUAUAUCAUCGUGUUCCUCGUGGGUCUCUGGGCGUUCUUCUGCGCCGGGGGAUCUCUCCGGAACCUUAAACUCUGCCUUACCUGCAAAGACAAGGACUUCCUGUUGGCCAACCACCGGCCCAGAUAACAGAACACCACUGAAGACACACACACACUGUAUGGGGACGCUAUCCAACAGGACUCACACCACACACACAAAUAAAUAAAUUAAAGAUAAACUGGGUCGAUGAUGUCUCUACCCCCCCCCAUGUGUUCUGUGUAUCAUUGUUUCAGUGGUGCUGGGGACUGGAAAUAGGCUCCAGGGAUGUAGUCCAGAGAGUAAAUAUUGUUUAAACACCUUUUUAUUUUGUGAGCAGCAUUUCCAGAUGUAUUACAGUGCAUUAGUAAUAGAAUAAUCUAGAGGAUCCUUUUGUUACCACUUCAUCCCUGGCUGACACUGCUCAGAACGGUUGAUAAACUGUUUACAACUGGGGGGGACAAACACAUGUUAUCUGUGUGUAGUUUUAAAAUGUAGAGUAUGUAGUUCCUUAAUGAGACGGUACCUAUUUGACACCAGAUGGGUCUCUCUUUCUCUCUGGAUCUGUGCCUUCUACAGUAAUGAUGAGGUAGCUAGUGUUUUGGCCCUGUAUUCAUAAAGCAUCUGAGUAGAAGCGCUGAUCUAGGAUCAGACCCCUCCAUGUCCAUGUAAUCUUAUUCAUUAUAAUCUAGGAUCAGACCCCCCCCCAUGUCCAUGUAAUCUUAUUCAUUAUAAUCUAGGAUCAGACCCCCCCCAUGUCCAUGUAAUCUUAUUCAUUAUAAUCUAGGAUCAGACCCCCUCCAUGUCCAUGUAAUCUUAUUCAUUAUAAUCUAGGAUCAGACCCCUCCAUGUCCAUGUAAUCUUAUUCAUUAUAAUCUAGGAUCAGACCCCCUCCAUGUCCAUGUAAUCUUAUUCAUUAUAAUCUAGGAUCAGACCCCCCCCAUGUCCAUGUAAUCUUAUUCAUUAUAAUCUAGGAUCAGACCCCUCCAUGUCCAUGUAAUCUUAUUCAUUAUAAUCUAGGAUCAGAUCGAUUCCCCCCCAUGUCCAUGUAAUCUUAUUGGUUCUGAUCUGAAAGGCUAAACUCAUCCCACUGUAGAUCGGCAGGUCUACUAUGAGAUGCUUUAUAAAUAUACGGCCCUGGAUUGUCUUUGUAAAUGGACCUUUAGUGUUUAAUCUAUAUCAGACCUGUGAUGUUUUUUAUAACGUUCAUGUUUCUGUCUCCUGCUGUAUUAGUUGUCAGUCUGGCAGGCAGCUGUAUUGUUCUCCUGUUUUAGAAGGGUUGGUAGUACAAUACAACAGUGUUUGCAUAUCAACAACUUACUUUUCAUAAAUUACCAAAAAAAAGCAAAUCCCUUUGGAGAACAAAAGCAGCAUAUUAGGUCUGAUAGUGUCUCUCUAAGUCAUGAGCUGUUUCAAAAUGAAGUUCUGAUUCAAACUGAAAAUAUGUAAAACGUGGUGUGUUUGUUUUGAUAGUCCAGAUGAAUAUAUUUGGCCUAAACUUGAUGAAUAUAAAUAUUGACCUGAUGAUGAUAAUACUGUUUUUAUAUGAAUGAUGUGCUUUACAUACUGAUUAGUGCUGCUAAGCUUUGCUUCAGCUAAAUGUUUUGUUUUUGUAAUCACACUGACCUCAAGGGUUGGUCUGAUCUAUUUGGCUUUAGGACGUACAGGGGGAGGUUUCCCAGACCCAGAUUAAACUUAUUCCUGGACUGAAAAGCACUUUUAACUUUCAAAAUUCUCAACUGAGAAUGCUUUUUAGAAGUGGCUUAACCUUUUGUCUGAGUAAACCGACCCAAACUGUAGCACCCUUUUUUAGUCCUGACUUCCAUUUUAGUUAAAUAUUCCCAUUGACAUCAAUACAAACUGAUGACUAAGUGAAAAUUGGAAAAUGCGGAUUCUCCCUUUUUAAAAGAGGACAUGCCCUUGAGGAACAAAUGAUUGAACAUGUACCACGUUGUUGUUGAUGAAUUAGCAGAUUUUUCAAGGCAGUGAGUUUGACCUGUGGAAACCAACUCCUAUAGAGAGCUCAACAGAAGUUAGUUUACACCAGGCUGAAAUAAUUUAAUGAAAUGAGUCACCUCACUUGUCAUGGUUUUGAAUGUUUUUCUGAUCUGUGUCGUGUAUGGAGCUGUACAGCUUUAACAUGCUAGUCGAGAACUCCCAGCCAAUAGUAUCAGCCUCUCAGGGUUGAAGGUCACUGAUAUGCAAAUGAGCUGUAUGUUCCUGUUUUGACGCGUGCCUGUGUGCACCCUGUUAUUUCCCCAUGCUUCUGUAUUGAUAUAAAGUUAAAAGUAGUAGCA